AAAAGAGCCGUUUGCCCAUUUUAAAAUUAUGCGUGAGUUUUUUCAUAAAUAAAACUGUUAUUUGAGUGCGACAAGUUUACUUGUCGCACGUAAAUUAUUCUUGGCACACGCAAAUUUAGAUAAAAUUGCUAAAAUUAAAAAAAUAAUAACAAAAAAAAACACAAUCGACAUAUUAAAACUGAAUUGAGGUUGACGCGUCUGACAGUUUAAUUUAAUAAAUAAAAUUGUAAUUAAAUUAAAAUUAGUUUAAAAACGAAUAUGGAGUCGGAAAUAAUACCGGAAACUCCAGAAAGUUCGAGCGACGAAUCCACACCACCUGAAAUUCUGAAAAAAGCCGAUGAAGUAAGAAAUAAUUUAGUUCCUCAAGUAUCGAGACCCAAAUAUGAAGCGGCUUACAAUAAGUUUAUGGAAUGGCGAAGAAAUAAAAAGGUCAAGAGCUUUUCUGAACCCAUUCUUCUGACUUAUUUUAGUGAACUUGCCGAAACCAAAUUACCGUCAACUUUGUGGGCCACUUACUCAAUGUUGCGAAGUAUGAUUGACAUCAAACACAAAAUUAAUAUUUAUAAUUAUUCGGGUUUGAUCGCUUUUUUAAAGCAGCAAAAUAAAGGUUUUAAACCAAAAAAAGCUAAAACGUUAGACGCUGAGCAAAUAAAUCAAUUUUUGAACCAAGCUCCUGAUAAUCAAUUCUUGGCAAUUAAGGUGGCUUUGAUUUUUGGGGUUCAAGGUGCGUGCAGGCGUCAUGAACUUUGUGAUUUAACAGUGGACAAUAUAAUCGACAAAGGUGACAUGUUGUUGGUGAAAAUUCCAAAAACUAAAACCGGCAAAGCAAGAUCUUUUGUCGUGACGGAUGCGUUUUAUCAAACUUAUAAAAAAUACUCUUCUUCACGCCCAACAAACUUAGCUACCAAGAGAUUCUUCGUGGGUUAUCGGAACGGCAGGUGUACGAGGCAAAAUAUUGGCAUUAAUACGUUCGGUAGCAUGCCAAAAAUAGUAGCGAAAUAUUUGAAUUUAGCAAACCCGGAGUCUUACACAGGCCAUACUUUUAGAAGAACAUCAGCUACUCUGUUAGCGGAUUCUGGUGCUGAUCUUCUUACAAUAAAAAGGCACGGAGGAUGGAAAUCCAAUCCCGUUGCUGAAAGUUACGUGGAAGACUCAGUAGGUAAUAAAAAACGGAUUAGUGAGCAAAUUGCACGUGCCAUAUCAUCGAGACCAUCUACUUCACGCGAACAUUCAGACUCAAACAACCCAAUUUUUGGAAAAACUUCUGAAGAACCGAUGAACAUCACUGUGAUGCAUCAAGAAAAUGAAAGAUCCGAAAUUUUAGAGCAGGUUUCAUCUAAAAACGCCAUGAAUUUGAAUAUUACAUUUACGAACUGCACAAACAUUUCAGUUCUUUUAAAUGACACUGAAAAAAAGUAACUUAUUUAUGUUGCUGUUGUUGUUCUUGUUAUUUUUUGUUCUGAUCAAAUAAAUUUAUAUUCAUUUGUAA